AUGGAUAUAGCUACAUCGACGGACAUCAUGAUAAUUAGCGGAAAUUCGCACCUCGAAUUAGCUAACUUGGUCUCUCGUCGACUUGGUGUAAAACCGGCACGAUGCGCCGUUUCUUAUACCACAAACCGAGAAACAUCUGUCCAAAUAAGUGACUCCGUACGUGGAAAAGACAUAUACAUCAUUCAAACUGGUUCAAAAGAUGUAAAUAAUAAUAUAAUGGAACUCUUGAUCAUGGCAUAUGCAUGCAAAACUUCUUCUGCCAAAAGCAUUGUUGGAGUUAUUCCUUAUCUACCCUACAGUAAACAAUGUAAAAUGCGAAAACGUGGUUCUAUUGUGUCCAAACUUUUGGCAAGGAUGUUGUGUUCGUCAGGCUUAACUCAUGUGAUUACAAUGGACCUUCACCAAAAAGAAAUUCAAGGCUUUUUUGAAUGUCCAGUCGACAAUUUGAGAGCAUCACCAUUCCUUUUACAAUAUAUUCAAGAAUGUAUUCCUGAUUAUCGUAAUGCCGUGAUUGUUGCAAGAAAUCCCGGAUCAGCAAAAAAAGCUACAUCGUAUGCUGAACGUUUACGUUUAGGAAUUGCUGUUAUUCACGGGGAACAGAAAGAAUCUGAUUCCGAUAUGGUUGAUGGAAGAAAUUCUCCACCACCAUCAACAUCUCGUUCAAGAACGAUGGAUGUUGGAGUAGGAGUACCACAGCAUCCAGCUAAAGAAAAACCGCCAAUUAAUGUAGUGGGAGAUGUUGGUGGCCGUAUAGCUAUUAUGGUGGAUGAUAUGAUAGAUGAUGUUGCAUCGUUUGUAGCUGCUGCUGAAGUAUUGAAAGAACGUGGUGCUUAUAAAAUUUAUGUUUUAGCUACUCAUGGUCUUUUAUCUUCUGAUGCUCCAAGACUUAUUGAAUCUUCGCCAAUUGAUGAAGUGGUUGUGACAAAUACAAUUCCUCAUGAAAUUCAAAAAAUGCAAUGUCACAAAAUCAAAACUGUGGACAUAAGUAUUUUAUUAUCAGAGGCUAUUCGCAGAAUUCAUAAUAAAGAGUCCAUGUCAUAUUUAUUUAAAAAUGUCACAUUAGAAGACUAA